GGUGUGGCCGGAAUGUGGAGCGAGCGCCGCAGACUUCGCUCCCGGAGGCUGGUGCUUCGCUCAAGCCGCCGAGGCAGCUGCCACUGGGGUCGCCGCGAGCUGAAGAGGAGGUACGACAUCACCGCCAUCCCCAGGCUCGUGAUCCUGAAACCAAACGGGGAGGUGAUCACCAGCAAAGGGCGGAAGCAGAUCCGGGAGCGGGGGCUGGCCUGCUUCCAGAGCUGGGUGGAGGCGGCCGAGGUCUUCCAGAAUUUCUCAGGUUGAACCGGGAGAAGGGACCACAGAGCCUGGACGGGGCGGCUCCUUCAGUGCAAACCCCCCGAGGGGAAAGAGGAGCCCGUUUUUUUCCCUUUCUCUCUAUGCAGCAUCUGAUUUUAUUUCAGAGCAGAAGUGCUAAGCCGUGGCAGAAAGUAAAUGUUGCUCAGGAAAAAAAAAACAAGCAAAAAUACCUCCUGCUCCGUUUGGAUCCUGUAGCUACGUGACAGUAAUUUUUAUUCUUUGCCUAGCUUUGGAGAUCUAUGCAAACAUUUUAUUUGUACAAGUCUCUUCAGGUAAAGUGAUCAGUUUAUGGAUGAAUUUUUCUGGCCAUCUAUCAUUUUAACGAUAUGUGUUAUAUGGUUUCACAACUCUAUUUAUUAUUAAACAAGUUUGCAUACAA